AUGGUGUUAGUUUAUAAAGAACUGAAGCCGGAGAACUUGAAGGUACUCAAUCUUGCAAAUACAAAUUUUAACAAACUCUCAAACAUUGAGGCUUUAACUUCUCUCAAAGCCUUAUAUUUGCACCGUAUUGGUAUUAAUGAUUCCUCCGUCCUUCAAGGAAUUUGCAGUUUGAAGAAUCUUCAUGAACUUGACCUGAGUCGGAAUAAUUUUUACGGGCCUAUUCCUAUGUGCUUCAGAAACUUGACGUCUCUUCGAUUUCUUGAUCUCUCCAGUAAUAUUCUCAGUGGAAACAUACCUGCUGCUCUCAUUACUCCUCUUGUACACGUUGAGUAUCUAUAUCUCUCUGGCAACCUUUUUGGAGGUUCUUUUUCUUUCAGUUCUUUGGGCAACCAUUCAAAGCUUCAGGGGUUCGAACUUGGACCUUUGAACAAUGAUUUACAUGUCGACACUGAGGACCUUUCUCUCCCCCCACCAUUUCAGCUAAAAGUUCUCUAUUUAUCUGGCUGCAACUUGAAUAAUCAGACUCGAAGAAUCCCAAGUUUUUUGCUCUAUCAGAAAGAAAUAAUUCUUCUUCAUCUUUCUUCCCAUAAGUUAGUCGGCCAGAUUCCGACAUGGCUUCUGCAAAAUAAUACAAACUUAGAACUUCUUGUUCUAAAGGAUAACUCUUUUACGGGUCCAUUUCUUGUAGAUGAUUCUCUGGGGAUAAAUCUAAUUAGAUUAGACAUCUCAAACAAUGACGUCAGUGGUCAAGUUCCUCAAAAUAUCGAUUUAUCUUUUCCAUCUCUGCAGUGGUUGAAUUUGUCAGGAAAUUCAUUUGAAGCCAAUAUUCCCUAGUCAUUGGGAAACUUGACAAGUGCAGAAUCAAUUGAUUUGUCCCAUAAUAAGUUUUCGGGGGAGGUGCCAGGUCAAAUUGGAACUGGAUGUUUAGCUCUUACAAUAUUGGUAUUGUCUUAUAAUAAUUUGCAUUGCAAUUUUCCUUCUGGGUCCACGAACUUAACAAGCCUAGAAUUCCUUCACUUGGAUAAUAACCAUUUUAGUGGGAGCAUUUCACAUGGAUUAUCUCGUUCUCCAAGUUUAUCUUUGCUGGAUAUUUCGAACAAUUCUUUUCAAGGCAAAAUUCCUAGUUGGAUUGGAAAUUUUUCAUCAUUGGAGGCUCUUGACAUGUCAGCCAACUUGCUAGAAGGUAGCUUACCAGAUGCUAUAUGCAAACUUCAGAAUCUUAAAUUUUUAGACCUCUCCAAAAAUCAGUUGAUCGGACCUUUACCAGCUUGCUCCGAGCUUACAUCAUUGAAGUUCAUCCACCUGCAUCAAAACAUGAUCUCAGGGCCCAUCUCAAACAUGCUGUCUGGAAGCUUCAAUUUGACAACACUCGAUUUGGGUUACAAUAAGCUGUCUGGCGGUAUGUAA